GGCCGCACGCGCUACCCAGCAGUCCUGGGGCAGAGUCGUCACCAGCGUCCUUCGGAGCGGAAGGAACAUGGCGUCCGCUACUCGCAUCAUCCAGAAGCUGCGGAACUGGGCGUCUGGGCAAGACCUGCAGGCGAAGCUGCAGUUGCGCUACCAGGAGAUCGCCAAGCGGACCCAGCCACCUCCUAAGCUCCCUGUGGGCCCCAGUCACAAGCUGUCUAACAAUCACUACUGCACUCGCGAUGGCCGGCGGGAAGUUGUGCCUCCCUCAGUCAUCAUGUCUUCACAGAAGGCUCUGGUAUCGGGCAGAACAGCUGAGAGCUCAGCUGUGGCAGCCACUGAGAAGAAGGCAGUGACACCUGCUCCUCCGAUGAAGAGGUGGGAGCUGUCCAAGGACCAGCCGUACCUGUGACACUGCCCAAGGCUACUUUGUCUGGUCCCCCAGGGCCACCCGACUGCUUUUCCGCCUUGGAUUUCCUCUGGAAAGAGUGUGACCUAAUUUAUAACAAAUACAGAGCUCACAUUAUUGCCA